CAAGCCGGCAGGUGGACAGUGAGUUUCGCACAUUACAUUCCAAAGAGUCCGUGUCAGAAUGAAUAUGGACGGAAACAUUGGGUGUGGGUCCGGCAACUCAAAGAGCGUGAGCACCACCCAUUACGAACAAACCAAGGUCGUGCAAGGAGGCGGUGAUGGAUGCGAUGGCGGAUACUCCUACAGCUAUUCCGAGUCCUCUGGAGGCGGCAUGGGAGGCGGAAUGUCAGGCGGAAUGAUGAGCGGUAUGGGAGUCGGAAUGGGAGGCGGAAUGAUGAGCGGUAUGGGAGUCGGAAUGGGAGGCGGAAUGAUGAGCAGUUCGUCAAAGAAAGUGAUGCACUCUGCAUCAAGCGGAAUGUCGAGCGGUAUGGGAGUCGGAAUGGAAGUCGGAAUGGGAGGCGGAAUGGGAAGCGGAAUGGGAGGCGGAAUGGGAGGCGGAAUGGGAGGCGGUAUGAUGACCAGUUCGUCAAACACAGUGGUGCGCUGUGCAUCAGGCGGAACGUCAGGCGGUAUGGCGAGCGGUACCGCCAUGUCAGGCGGUAUGGCGAGCGGUACCGCCAUGUCAGGCGGAAUGAUGACCACAAUGGGAGGUGGCAUGUCAGGCGGAAUGAUGACCACAAUGGGAGGCGGCAUGUCCGGCUGCACGGUUGGCGGAAUGAGUGGCUCAAAUUCCACCCACCAGAAAACCACGGUCGUGACGUCUGAAUACACUCAUAAGUCUGGCAACUGCAACAACUGAGGACUCUGCAAACCUCCACUCUCCCUGUUUUCACCCCAUUUGUAAUAAUGGUAUGCACAUGCAGCUGAAGGAACCGGACAAGUUUCAGCUCUCAACUUUCCUCAGCUUUUCUGAGACAUUUUUGGGUGUAACUUCUUUUAAACAGUAACCAGUUGAUACAGAUCUUUUUGCUUCAUCCUCAACCAGAUAGUAAGCACAAUAAAAAGCAACAAAAUGUCAUGAGAUGAAAAAUAUCAUGUUCUGUUCGGUUCUGAAAUAAACUCAGGUAUUUUCAUUGACUCAGA